GGUCGGUAGCUUUAUAAAGCCGGUGGCGUCCGGGAGGCUUGGCUACUGUAUCUUCUUGCUUGACUGCCGCUUCCUUCACCACCGGCCAUCGCCCUGUCACUUUGGGCUCUUUCACCAUGCCUGGGUCACUUCCCUUGAGUGCAGAAGCCUGCUGGCCAAAAGAUGUGGGAAUUGUUGCCCUUGAGAUCUAUGUUCCUUCUCAGUAUGUUGAUCAAGUAGAGUUGGAAAAAUAUGAUGGUGUGGAUGCUGGAAAGUAUACUAUUGGCUUGGGCCAGGCCAAAAUGGGCUUCUGCACAGACAGAGAAGAUAUCACUUCCCUUUGCAUGACUGUGGUUCAGAAUCUUAUGGAGAGAUACAACCUUUCCUAUGAUUGCAUUGGACGGCUAGAAGUUGGAACAGAGACGAUCAUCGACAAGUCCAAGUCAGUGAAGACUAACUUGAUGCAGCUCUUUGAGGACUCUGGAAAUACAGACAUAGAAGGACUAGAUACAACUAAUGCUUGCUACGGAGGCACAGCUGCUGUCUUCAAUGCUGUGAACUGGGUUGAGUCCAGCUCUUGGGACGGACGGUAUGCACUGGUGGUCGCAGGGGAUAUUGCUAUAUAUGCCACAGGAAAUGCUAGACCCACAGGUGGAGCUGGGGCUGUAGCUAUGCUAAUUGGACCAAACGCGCCUUUAGUUUUUGAACGAGGACUUCGAGGGACCCACAUGCAACAUGUCUAUGACUUUUACAAGCCUGAUAUGCUUUCUGAGUAUCCUAUCGUAGAUGGGAAACUCUCUAUACAGUGCUACCUCAGUGCUUUAGACCGCUGCUAUUCUGUCUACCGCAAAAAGAUCCGUGCCCAGUGGCAAAAAGAGGGGAAUGAUAAGGAUUUUACUUUGAAUGAUUUUGACUUUGUGAUCUUCCACUCACCCUAUUGUAAACUGGUGCAGAAAUCUCUUGCUCGGAUGUUUCUGAAUGAUUUUCUUAAUGACCAGAACAGAGAUAAAAAUAAUAUCUAUAGUGGCCUAGAAGCUUUUGGGGAUAUUAAAUUGGAAGAUACUUAUUUUGAUAGAGACGUGGAAAAGGCAUUUAUGAAGGCUAGUUCUGAAAUCUACAAUCAGAAAACAAAGGCAUCUCUGCUUGUAGCAAAUCAAAAUGGAAAUAUGUACACAGCUUCAGUGUAUGGUUCCCUUGCUUCUCUUCUAGCACAGUACUCACCUCAGCAGCUGGCAGGGAAGAAAAUCGGAGUAUUCUCUUAUGGUUCUGGAUUGGCUGCCACCCUUUACUCCAUUAAAAUUACACAAGAUGCCACCCCAGGGUCUGCUCUUGAUAAAAUAACAGCAAUGUUAUGUGAUCUGAAAUCAAGACUUGAUUCAAGAACUUGUGUAUCACCAGAUUCUUUUACUGCAAGCAUGAAGCUCAGAGAAGACACUCACCACCUAGUCAACUAUAUUCCCCAGAGUUCAAUUGAUUCACUCUUUGAAGGAACAUGGUACCUCAUGAGGGUGGAUGAGAUGCACAGAAGAACUUACGCUCGGCGACCCUCCCCAAAUGACACUUUGGGUGAAGGAGUAGGACUUGUGCAUUCAGGUACAGCAAAUGAGCACAUUCCAAGUCCUGCAAAGAAAAUGCCAAGACUUCCUGCAACCACGGCAGUCCCUGAAGCGGGUGUCAUAAGUAAUGGGGAGCAUUAAUAUCCUUAUGUGACAUGCAAGACUUUGUGUGGGUUGGGGUGGGUGGGUUAUGGAUGGGUAUGAUUGAGGGACUGGCAUGUCUGGGAACAAUUUUAAAGGAUUACUUAGAUUUUUAUGUGACUGACAUGGAGCCUGGAAAACUAUUGUGUUUUGGGGAAAGUCUCUGCUCUCAAUUUGCUAACAUGCUUCCUUUUUGUGAUUUAGCCAGCACUUAAUGUACUAGAAUGAUGAUAAAGGUUCUGUAAAACUUCAUAAAAUUCUUGCGCCAUUUAUAUGCAUGAAGUUAUGUUUCUAUUGUGAGAUAAUGAACAAUAUGCUUCUGGCAAAAGAAAGCAAAAGUGCUAGUCUCCACUUUUAAUUUCUUUUUUUUUAAACGUAAAAAUUUUAUACUUUGAACAAGCAAGAUUAUUGAAAGUACCUGCAGUUUUUGAAAACAUUUCUAUAUAGUCUUCACAUAUGAUAAGCACAGGUCCUGUUUGAAAUAGCAAGACAAACAAGCUCUUUUUUAAAAAUGUUUAAGCCUUGAACCUGAAGCAGUUUGGGGGCAGUGCAGUCAUGGUGAUUCUAGAAUCUAGAAUUUUGCUUUAAAUUCAGAUCUGUAGUGAUGCAAAAUCAUUAUGACAUUGAUGAGCAGAGCUGCUAAUGUUUAGCAGACAUUGGAUUGAAAACAUGCUUCAGUCAGGAGCCAUUCUUGUAGCUCUCAAUUUACUCCGAAAUCAAUUUAGGGUAGAUUAUGUUAAACAUUGAUGAGAUGUUUCUGAAUCUAUGUAUGAACAAGUUUGCUAUUGCAAUCCUUCUUUGCACCUUAUUUCACGCAAUAAAUAAAAAACAUUUUUCUGA